CUGCCUCUAAUCUGCCCCCAGCUGCCUGCGCCCGGCUCCUGCGCCCUCGGUCGCGCUGCCCCCUCGGCUUUUCCUCAGCCCCCUCCCCGGCCGACGGUGCUUGCGAGUAAACUGUCUUCAUGAGCCCCAAGGAUGUCCGGGAAGCACUAUAAAGGCCCCGAAGUGAGCUGCUGCAUCAAAUAUUUCAUCUUCGGCUUCAACGUCAUCUUCUGGUUCCUGGGCAUAGCAUUUCUUGGAAUUGGACUUUGGGCAUGGAAUGAAAAAGGAGUGCUGUCCAACAUCUCUUCCAUUACUGACCUGGGUGGCUUUGAUCCAGUCUGGCUUUUCCUUGUGGUUGGAGGAGUGAUGUUCAUAUUGGGCUUUGCAGGAUGCAUUGGAGCUCUGCGGGAGAAUACCUUUCUUCUCAAGUUUUUCUCAGUCUUCCUUGGAAUAAUCUUCUUCCUGGAACUCACAGCUGGUGUUCUGGCAUUUGUUUUCAAAGACUGGAUCAAAGACCAGCUGUAUUUCUUUAUCAACAACAAUAUCCGAGCAUACAGAGAUGAUAUUGAUUUGCAAAAUCUCAUAGACUUUACCCAAGAAUAUUGGCAGUGCUGUGGGGCCUUUGGAGCUGAUGACUGGAACCUCAACAUUUACUUCAACUGCACGGACUCCAACGCUAGUCGAGAACGAUGUGGAGUACCUUUCUCUUGCUGCACUAAAGAUCCUGCUGAAGAUGUCAUUAAUACUCAGUGUGGUUAUGAUGCCCGACAAAAACCAGAAGUUGAUCAACAGAUUGUUAUUUACACAAAAGGUUGUGUCCCACAGUUUGAGAAAUGGCUGCAGGACAACUUGACCAUAGUGGCUGGCAUAUUCAUUGGAAUUGCAUUACUGCAGAUAUUUGGGAUAUGCUUGGCUCAAAACUUGGUGAGUGAUAUUGAAGCUGUCCGAGCCAGCUGGUAAAACACUUCACAUAAGCGAUGCAAGACCUUGUGGGUAACCGUAGUUCUUGGAAGGCUCCAUGUGGAUUCCAUGGACUCAGAGCUAUAUGAAAGUGGGGGACAGAGAAGUUUUGAGUUCUCAGCUGAUUUGAACAGCAUCACACCUUUGUUUAUUCCAGAAGGAGCAGCUCCAGUCACCUGGUUGUGAUGAAUGCUAUUAAAAACUCCACUCUGAAAUGUGCUGAGCCGUGAAUCUCUGCUGUAUCGUUGACUGAGUAAACUGGAGGAUGUUUCUUUCUUCCGUUUUGUGUGUGUGGCAAAUGGUCUGUGUCAAUGGAACCUCAAGUGGGUGCACCCUUUUCUUUUGUGUGUUGCAGCAGCCCCCAAAUGAGGCAACUUCCUUCUGCCAUUGAAGAAGUGGUAUGUCUUGGAACAGGCCAAGAGACCUAGUGUUUCUUUGGGAAGAAAUCCCAUGAAAGAGGCAACUACUUAUCUACUUCUUGUCUGCUUUGUUUCCUGGCAAGAAAUCAUCGCUCUUCCACGAGAAAUUUAGUAUCUGUUCUAUUAUGCCCUCGGUCAGACACUGACAGCUUUAAUUAUUUUUCGGCCUCUUGCAAUCUUUAUUUCACUGGACAGGGAAUUGUGUAAUCAGCAAACUUCAGGGAAGACCUACAAUAGAGAGAAUUCUCCACCCAUAUUAGUCACUAGCAAUAUGUAAAUGAAGAGAUGAUGGCAUUCGUGCUGGGGGUUUUGAUGAUGAGAUUGAGAAAUGUGAUGAACUUAGAAGCAGAAACAAGCACAGUGUAUUUACAUUUCAUGGAUAAAAUGAAUUCUACAGAAACAAAUACGUUUGGAACAGUUUUUGAUAUCUUGUGCUUUACUUCAUGUAGUAGGAUAAAUGCUUAUUGGUCCCAUUAUAACCCUUUCUAAGUAUAUCUUCUUAUGCCCUCUUCAUGUAGUUGUUACAAACUUUUAAAAUUGCUCCUCCUUUUGAUUUGCUGGAUAACUGAUUUGAGUGGGCUUCCAGUUCAAACAAAUGUGAAUGAAAUGCCAGCCAAUUUGCAUUCUUCAAUUUGAAUUUUGUGUUUUAUUACGUGGCUUCGUUACCAUUCAGUUGCCACUGCAUUUCCUUUUCUAUCUAGUUAAACUAGAAUCCUUAAUGAAAUACGUCUCUCUCCCUCAUUUUUCAAGCAGGAGUAAAAUUUGGACAGAAGAGCGAUAGUGUGUGUGUUUGUGUAUUUCAGUGAGACUAUUGUGAGUUAGUCUUAGUAAAUGUGUGAGCAUCUAGGUUUAGGUGUUUAUGUAUAUUUAAGUACCAAUGGAAAAGACAAUUUUGAUGCCUUCUGUGAAAAGAAAACAAUUUAGCUGUCAAGGAUUUGAAUUUUGGCUUAAUCCUGCUCUUUUUUCCAGGGUUGGUAGUGGAGAGAGUAUAAUCGUUUCAAUAUUUGGCAGUGACUGAAAAGUGUUGUUAGAUGAAGUGGAACAUGGAAAAGAUAAAUGUUCAGGAUCUACUAGUGUGCAAUAGCUAUUUAGGAACACUAACUUCCUCAACCUGGUGUCAUCAGAUGUGUUGGGAUUAGAACUCCAAGAACUUGUAUAGUGAGAUGGGCGGCAUAUAUAAAUUUGAAAAACAAACUCAUAGCUGGCAUAAUGGGAAUCCUGGAAAUGUACUCCCAACACAACUGAUGGGCAUCCGGUUGGGGAAUGCUGCCCUAAUUUGAGAAGGAAGACAAGUAAAUGCAUGAUGAUUUGCUUACCUGUAUAUUUUAGAGGAGGGUUGAUGGCCUGGAUGUCUCGUUCAAAGUUUCCCAUUUUGUACAAAGAGCUAAACAUUCCAGUUGCAUCUGGUAUGACUUCACGUGACCUUUUUGCCUAGGUAACUGAGCUUUGAUCAGGCUCCUAGAGUGGGUAACUGAGGAUCAUUUACAAAUGCAGAGCUCUGCAAGUUUGUGUCAGCCUCAUUCACUGAACUGAUUCUCUUAGCUUUAGUUGGUGAAUUGGUUAAGUGAAAGAAACAAAAAGUAUAGCCUAAAAAAUGAAAACUGAAUGAAUUCUGUUGAAGCUUCAGGACUUGAAUAGCUUAGUUGUAGAACAUUCCAGAAACCAAACAUUAAAAGAUGCUGAUGUAACAUGUGCUGAAUAAACAUUCCUUCUUUCUGCUGCUGUUGUGGAUUUCUGAAGAAUUUCCAUGUUUCUGCUUAGGUAUAAUACUGCUAUAGAUGUUUAAUUCUUUUUUUCCUUUCUCUUUUCCUGUUAUUUUUUUCUUCCAUUACCAAGUUUAUGUACUUUUAUAACUGUAGACCACUAUGUUAUAGUGAUAAGGUUUCCUUAUUAAUGGAACAAAGCUAUAUGGUUAGGCAUAUCAUUCUAUCUUUUGGUACAAGUUGUUGAAAUAUCUUACUGUACAACAUAAAGAGGUUGUCUUCUUGGUCCCAGUGAUGAAUAAGCUUAAUAACCUUUUUAUAUAGAAAGUGAAAAAUGGAAAUCAUAUUGUUUGCAUACAAAGCAUGUUUAUUUCUUGGAAUCCUGCAGGAAAUCAGGAACUGUUUUUUUUUUAAAUAAUCCCCUCCUUACUUUGUCUUGCUCUUGUCCCUUGUUGCAAAUAGAUAAUGUAAUUUUAAUUACUGGGUAUGUAUUUGCCUUCUAUCUGCCUAUACAUGAUUAUAAUUCACAUAUUUCUUCAAGAAUUCCACAUUUGCUUUUAAAAUCAGGAUUUGUUUGAGAGACCUUCCAGUUCACUUUCUCAUAGCAAAUGCCCAUUCCAAAAGAUAAUGCAAAACAUUUCGAAUUUGAAAUGUUUUGAGCUAGAAACAGAUUGUUAUAUCUUACCAAAAAUGGUCAGAGCUAGAAACAACCCUGUUUUAAGCAUGAAACAUCCUGCUUAAAGCAAGGUGCUUUUAGCUCAAAACAUUUUGAAUUAGAAAUGUUUUACGCACCUCUAGUACCCACUAUUAAAUGUUAAUCUCAGACUUCAUUUGGCAAAUAGAAUUUAAUUACUAACAGGCCCUGUCUACUGAAAGGCUACAGUCUCUGCAUCAGGGGAAUUUUACAACUGUAAUGUGGAACUUUUUGAAGUAAUAAAAUAUGUGCUAGUUAUAUAUGUAUAGUGAGUGUGAAAUGCUAUUUUUUAGCUUUCUUUGCAAAUUCAUAUUGAAUGUCACAAGGAAAAAGCAGUGCAUAUAAGCAUGUUUGCAAGAAGGAAUUUGCAGACCAAGCCCCACAAUAAAACUCAAUAUAUUGGUAAACUUGGGUAACAGUCUGCUUUCUCAGUUCAAAUAAGCUGAUCUCGGUAAGGACACACUGUAAAAUAGUGAAUGAUGGCGAAAUGAGGAAGCUGGGAUAAGGGCAACAGUCAUUGUCACUAAACAGAUGUGCAGUAUUUGACUGUCCAUCAUGUUUUUUGGUGCCCCUUUUCCCUUUUGAAAGGAUGAAGGUGUUUUUAAACAGCAAGAGAAUUCACUAUUGAGUGACAGCAGAGUUUUUAGACACUUGUCAGAGAGGGGAGAAGGAAUGUAAGAGUUUCCAGCAGCCAGGAUUAUGCAUCUUCAAGUAUUUGGGUGCAGAAAAUGCUUGAAGGCAACAACUCUCCAGAGUGAGCUUUGCAGGUUUUGAGCCUUGUAAAUUUUGGCAUAUGUCAGGAUGGAUAUAAAUGCUUAAUGUUGAAUGUUAAUGCUUAAAUGUUAAGAAGUUAAAGUUCCCAGCUGCUGUUCAUGUCUUUUCUUUCCACAUUCUUUUACUGCUACUAUAAUAAUUGUGUUAAAUAGUAGUUUUUGGCAAGGAAAAGAAGAAUCAAAAGAACUGCUUCAAAUGAUUCCAGUACACAUGUCAAGCAAGUUUGUGCUUCAUGCCUGCCUAACAAGUUGCACAUUAAUUAUAAAUUGUUUUGUUAUAAAGAAAUUGUGUUGCUUGCUGCUAGACCUCCCUACACGUCACAUCAUGACAAUUUGUAUACUAGUGGCUUAGUCUUAUGUAGGAAGCCCAGAAACAACUUCUUGGAAUGGCUUUUCUAGAGAAUUCUGAAAGUCCUUUUCUGAAAAAUUGUGAACUCUUGGUCUUUAUUAUUGGUCUGAGCUUUUGCUGAAGUAACCGCAGUGUCUAGAAAUCUUCUUGUGUUGCCUAAUCCAUCUUGGUUCAAAUGUUCUAGCUCCUGUUUUAUGCAUUGUCUGAAUCUCCUUUUGCUUUGUUUCUCAUCAUUCUUCAAGCCAAUUCCUGUUUCUUUCAGUGAGAAAACCUUUAUGAGGUCCAUUUGUGUGUACAUCCUGGAAUUGUAAAUAAUAGCAUGCCAGCGGAAUAAUUCCUGCACAAGUUUACACAUAUAAAUAUCUAUUUAUUUUGAGAAAGAUGAAAGAUGGGAAUCUUCCAUCCAUUUUAAAAAUGAAAUUUUUGCAUAUCUAUUGAUUGAAACCUGAACUCCUGUAAUAGCCUGCCACCUAGUGUUUGCUGGGCACUUCUUCAGUUUGAUAAAUUAGUAAGAAUUUCUCAUAGUUUUUAUUACUUUAAUUCAGUAGCUGCUUUGAAUAUUUUCAUUUUUGCCAUGAUUAUAACUGUAAACUGGUACAAAUACAGUGGUUUUUGUUCUUAACCGGUAACCCAGAAAAUAGAUCUCUAUCUGUUAUCAAAAAAGGAUAGCUGAAGAGCCAACAUGUGAAUGAGGAUGUUUAGGGUGCAUCUUCUCUUAAAUUGCUUGCUUACUGAUACACUUGAGAAAAUAUGUUAGAUGGUCUCAGUAAACCUGCUGUCUCUCUUAACAGAGCAUGUAUACAUGGAUCCUAUUCCCAGGCUUUGGCUUUUCACUAUGGCUGCUUUCCUGAAAACCAUAGAGUGGCAUUUAAAGGUGCUGCAGUUGUGUUUUUACUCUCUCUGCACUUUUAACACUCUUGUCCAGCACAGAGAAAUCCACUUUUCAAACAGGAGAGGCCUAAAAUUUUACAUCUGUCUUGGGCCACAUGAGAUUUUGCUGGGGUUGCUGUACUGCGUGCCUUUUAUCCUUGAAGGAAAGCCCAUUGAUGAUACAAACAACUUAGUUCUGUAAGACACCCCC